AAGUCUUCUUUCCACUUUGAAAACCCCCACCCAACCACACUAUGCUUCACCCCAUUUCCACUCACCUUCCUCCUUCACUUUUCUUGACCUCGUCCUCGUUCCUGGUUUGCUACUUCGCAAGCCAGUGAACGAACCCACUUUGACUCUUAAUCACAGACACAGUAGUUAAUUUCUCUAAGGUGCUGUUCUUGUGGGAAGGAAUCACAGAGUCAAUGACACCAACUUGAACUUCAGCUGAAACCCAGAAUCUGCAUUUGAGCUAUCAAGAUGGGAGGGCAAUCCAGCAAGAUGAGUAGUGUUGAUGCCCCCACAUCCAUCAACAUGGGUACCCAUUCCCUGUAUGCAGCUGAUUUGAGCUCCUAUGAAGCUGCAUGUGUGAAAGAUCCAAGCUUGCAAUCUUUUGAUGCCACCAUUCAGGGGCACACCAACAGGGUGAUUAGUUCCCUUGCUCAUGGGGUUGAGGUUCGAUCGUUGUCUUUUGACUCGCUGAGAGAAGUGACUGAUAGUUUGCUUGAGAUGAACCAGGAAGUAGUCAAAGUUAUUUUGGAUUGCAAGAAAGAUAUAUGGGGCAACAAGGAGUUGUUCGCCUUGGUGAAUGACUAUUUUGAUAAUAGCCUCCAGACGUUGGAGUUCUGCAAUUCUCUUGAGAAAUGUUUGAGACGGGCUCGCGAAAACCAGGUCAUAGUCAAGUCGGUGAUUACCUACUUUGACGAAGAGCUGCAGAAUGGGGUUGAAGUGGGGGCGUAUGUGAAGACAUUGCAGGAGCUCAAGAAUUUUAAGGAUGCUGGGGACCCCUUUACAGAGGACUUUUACUCGUUGUUUCAGUCAACUUAUACGCAGCAGGCAUUGAUGCUGCAGAAGCUGCAAAUCAGAAAGAGAAAGCUUGAUAAGAAAUUUAAAUCACUGAAGACUUGGAAGAGGGUCUCAAAUGCCAUUUUCGUGGCUGCUUUCGUUUCUGUGUUGAUUUUCUCAGUGGUAGCAGCUUCUGUUGCUGCGCCACCAGUAGUAACAGCUUUAGCUGCUGCCAUGGCUGUUCCAAUAGGGUCAGUAGGAAAGUGGUGUAACUCACUUUUUAAGCGAUACAAGAAAGCUCUAAUGAAACAACGGGAGGUAAUCAGCUCAAUGCAGGUUGGUACUUACAUUUCAUUGAAGGACUUGGACAACAUUCGGGUUCUUACCAACAAAUUGGAAUUACAGCUUGAGUCAUUAUUGCAGAAUGCUGAUUUUGCUCUUAGAAACGAGGAUGUUAUUAAGAUUGCAAUAGACGAGAUUAAGAAGAACAUAGAAACUUUUUCAGAGACCAUGGAUACUUUAAGCGCACAUGCUGAUAAAUGUAGUAGACAGAUAAGGAGAGCAAGGACUGUGGUUAUUCAAAACAUAGUUAAAAAACCUGAUUAAGGUCCGUUUGGAAUGUCGUAUUGAUUAGUCUCCUAUUAAGAAGUACUGAUCGAACACCAUGAUUAUUCGUUCAAUAACAUUCCUUAUAUAUUGUAAUGAACAUUUAUAAACUCGCUAUGUAUAUAGAUAUUUGGAUUAUACAUACGUGCGAAUAUGUUUGCUGCUC